GUAGUCGAAGGGGAAAUCCCAAGAAAACGAAACUUAAAAUAUGUGUUUGUUUACAAGUUAUUUUUUCAUCAAUCGCAGUGGAAAAAACUGAAAAUCCUGAAUUAUAGCAUAUCAGACGUGAUUCCAAACCCUUAAGGAAGGGGCUGACUUCCAAGAAAAAAGAGGAACAGUUAUUCAUUGUAUGAAUGGUUAUGCGGUAGUCUCAUGAAUAUUUUUUCAUGCUGAGAAGAAUAGAAUAAACAAGUCAGAAUACAAGAAACUUCAUUGUCAAUUAUUAUGAGUGAGCCAGGACGUGGACGAGGGGGGAAGAGGGGAAAAGGAAGGGGAAGAAAACAUGGUGGAAAGGGAGGCAGAGGACAACAGCAGCAGCAACGUGAAAGUACUCCUGGAGGUCUUCAGGAGUUUGGAUAUGAACAAAGGGGUGCUUCUGCUAUGCCUGAACGAAGACCAGGGACAGAACAACCUCAGGCAAGUCAACAACCAGAGCAAGAAACAAGACAAGGAUCAUCCGUACAGCCUGAAGAGAGACCACCAGAAAGAGAAAUAGAUCAGCAACACAAGAUGACUAAAAGCCAAAAACGGAGAGCAAAAAAAAAGGCCAGAGAUGAACCGGAAGAAGCAACCACAUCAGCAGAGUUAAAACCACAAGAGACAAAAGCAAGAUCUGAACCACAGCAGCAGCAGGUACAACAGACUCAGAAACCACAGCAAACAAAAGAACAGUCAAGGGGUCAACCAGAUGGGGCAGGCCCUAGCAAGCCACAGGAACAGCCUAGCGCAACACCAUCUCAAAAGGUGCCCAGGUCAGCUCAAACUCCCCCUACCCGCAAAACACAACCAUCAACACAACCACAGCCAUCCACACCAACAACUAGACCUGGACCCCCACAACAACAACAGCAGCAUCAGCCUCCUCAUGGAGCGGAGAAACCAGAGCCCCGUGGUGAGCAACGUGGUUCCCCAACAUCACACAAGGCAGUACCAAAGCCACCACGCCGACCUGACAGUGGUGGCAAAUCUGGACGACCGAUUCAACUCCGAGCCAACUUCCUACCAGUUGAAUUGCCAACUGAAGACAUCCAUCAUUACGACACAGAUAUCAAAGAAAAAGGCAAAAAAAGUGGGGAAGGUUAUACCAAGGCAGAAGCUCCAAAAAUUAUAGGAAAGAUUGUGGAAUUGUAUGAGAAAGAGAAUCCAACAGGUCCCAAGUUGGUGUAUGAUAGAAAUGGCAAGAACAUGUACUGUCGCACUUUGAUUCCUAAAAUAGGCAAAGACCGUCGACAGUAUACAAUACAGCACACAACGGAAAAUGGAAAAGAAAAGACAUUUAUUGUUGAAGUGCAAUAUGCAGCUCCUUGUAGUCUCUAUGCUCUUAACGAGGUUCUGAAAGGACGUCAAACGGAUGUGCCAUAUGAUACCAUGCAAGCCAUUGAGGUUGUUCUACAACAGUUGCCAAAGAUGAGAAAGGAAACUGUCCAAGUGCGAUCAUCAUUUUAUGAGUUGCUGGGACAUGGGAAGGAUCUUGGUGCUGGGGUACAAGUCUGGAAUGGGACAUUUGUUAGUAUCCGUCCAACCCAAUGGAAAAUGAUGUUGAAUGUUGACACAUGUGCAACUGGAUUCUACAAAGCACAGCCUGUCCUAGAUUUCGUGUGUGAGUUCCUUAACCUGAGAGACUAUCCAACUCGUUUAGAUGAAAGACAACGGAGAAAGUUAGCCAAAGAAAUAAAGGCAAUCAAGGUGGAAACGACACACAUGAGGCGUAAACAAAAGGCAAGUGGUUUGUCAGUAAAAUCAGCACGGGAAGAAACCUUCGACUGUGAAGGUCAGAAAAUGACGGUGAUGAAUUACUUCAAGUCAAAAUACGGUAUAAAUUUGAGGUAUUCUGAUCUACCAUGUGUUAAGAUUGGUCAGAAGGGAAGUCUUAUCCCAAUGGAGCUGUGUGUAGUUGCCAAAGGUCAGAAGAAACAAGGGAGGUUGACUGGAAGGCAGACACAACAGAUGAUUCGCCACACAGCCAUUCCUGCUCCAGAUCGCAUGCAGAAGAUUAUGGAUCUUAUCAGAAAGCUCAACUACGAAAGUGACCCGUAUUCCAGAGAUUUUGGUAUCCGUAUCAUCAAUGAAAUGGUGACCAUUCAAGGCCGGGUUUUAGAACCACCCACUCUGAUGUAUGGUCCAGGUAACCGACCUGCGAGAGAGUUGCCUCGUGAUGGUGCAUGGAAGAUGACAAAAAAAAUGCUCGAUCCAAAAGAGUUGAGAGAAUGGGCUGUGAUUUCGUACAUCAAUGAAAAUGCAAAAGGUCGAGGCCCUCUUUACUUGGACAACCAGGGAAUUGAUAACCUAAUUUAUUACCUGGUAGAAGUUGGUCGUGAAAAAGGUGUUCGUGUUAAUGAAAAUCCAUGCUUUGUUACGAUAGAGAAAGGUUUCUUUGGUACAAAUAAGCUGUUUGGCAAUCUCAAAGCUCGUUAUCCUAAUUUGCAGUUAAUUCUUGUCGUCUUACCUAUCGAUGGUGAUGACUUUUACGAAGAAGUCAAGCACUGUGGUGAUGUUGUCCAUGGUAUAACCACUCAAUGUAUCAAAUUUGACAAAGCAUCAAGUGACUUCAGUGACUGGAGAAAAAAAGAGACGCUUGUUAACUUAUGGCUUAAGAUUAAUGCAAAGCUCGGAGGAACAACUUGUGCCCUUCACAGAGACAUAAAAUCCCCAAUCCUCCGGGAUCCAGUAAUCAUAUUUGGAGCUGAUGUAACUCAUCCUGGUGCUGGUGAUAAGUCCAACCCAUCCAUAGCAGCAGUGGUAGCCAGCAAGGAUUCUUACCCAACCCUGUACAAUGCUGAAGUUCGUGUUCAGAAACACCGCCAGGAAAUGAUUGAAGAUCUAAAAGACAUGGUCAAAAUACUCUUGAGGAAAUUCAGGGCCUCAACAAAUGCAAUUCCAGGAAAGAUUAUCUUCUACCGGGAUGGAGUAAGCGAGGGCCAAUUCAAAGAUGUCCUCAUUAAUGAAUUGUCUGCAAUUCAAAAGGCAUGUCUUGAACUGCAGCCUGGAUACACACCUGCAAUAACCUUUGUUGUUGUCCAGAAACGUCAUCAUGCUAGACUCUUUGCAGUUGACCCAAGGGAUCGAAAGGGCAAGAGCCAGAAUAUACCAGCAGGUACAGUGGUCGACCGACAGAUCUGUCAUCCAUCUGAAUUCAAUUGGUACCUUUGCAGCCAUGCUGGUAUACAGGGUACCAGCAAACCAGCUCUCUACCAUGUUCUCUACGAUGAUAGCAACUUCUCGUCCGAUGAGCUGCAGAUCUUGACCUACCAAUUGUGCUACACCUAUGUGAGAUGUGCAAGGUCUGUGUCAAUCCCUGCCCCCGCCUACUACGCCCAUCAUGUGGCAUUUCGAGCUCGGCAUCAUUUAAAGAUUGAGAACAGCACGGAGGGUAGUACCGCAUCCGAUGACUCUGGCCCCAAAGAGGUGACCCAGGAGAUGAAGAACUUGGUCACAGUGCAUCCAAAUGUGAACUGCACCAUGUACUUUGCAUGACAUUGCUUGAUGCAUGACAUUAAUUGCUUGAUGCAUGAAUUGCUUGAUGCAUGACAUUGCUUGAUAUAUGUAAUAUCUAUUAUAAGCUUUCUUUUAUGCAGGGAUGGGUUAA